AUGUCCGAAAAAGUGGCAUGGUUUAAGGAUUGUAUUGCAAAAAUUAAAUCUCACGAUCAAAGCCAAAAAGUUGACCAAGCAAAUGAGCUUAUCUCGUUGCAAAAGGAAAUUGAAACAUUAAAGGAAAAACAACAAUCUGAAAUGAGUGAUUUAUUGACAAAAUUGGCCGAAGUUCAAACCAGUUCAAAAAACGCGGAAACCACAAAUGUCACAACUGAUAUUAAAAAUACAACAAAAGGAUGCAUGAAACCAGAUGACUCUGUGAAUGCUUCAUUUCUGCGUCGCGAGUUCAAAAUUUCUGGGCAUAUUAGAGAACGUUAACCCGGUCAGGCAGACAAAUUGACAUUCGAUUCGACUCAUCAAAUUGAUUCAGGCUUAAAACGUGGAUAUAGCGAAAAUGAGACUGUAGAUGCUGUUAUUCGCGCGAUUUCAUUGCAUAGCAGUUUAAGAAGCUAUGUCGAAACACUGAAAGAUUUGUCCCUGGCAAAGUUGCGAAAAAUUUUACGUGUUCACUACCCUGAAAAAUCCGCGUCAGAACUCUAUCAAACCCUUGCGACAAUAUUCCAGGAUCCAAAAGAAACACCUCAACAGUUUCUCCUACGUUCCCUUGACUUGAGAAAUAAAGUAGGCUUUGCAAGUAAAGAGUCUGAUUGUGAAGUUCAAUAUGAUGAACCACUUAUUCAGAAAACAUUCAUGAAAUCUUUCGAGACAGGGUUACGAGACGAUAUUUUGGCGGCAAAUUUACGUCCCAUUUUGCGGUUACCUAGUUUAUCUGACGAGGACUAA